AUGCAAAUGCAGAUCUUUUAUAUUCUACAAGUGGUAUGUUUAUUACAAAGCCAGUGGAUUAUUAAUGCAUAUCCUACUGAUGCAACUAAAUUAAAAAAUAUUCAAGAAAUCCAUUGUCCUCAAAAGAAAACCGAUUCUGAUAUUUUUGUAAAAUUAUUUCCAGGCAUUCAACUUAAUGCAAGACCAUGUAACCGUUCGAUCACAUGUGCAUCACUGAAUACGAAUUAUAGAAUUGAUUCUUUAGAAAUUAUUAAUCAAACAACUUGCAUUCCAUCGGUUAUUUUUUGUUUUCAAGAUUUAGAGAAAUUAAUUAUAGAAAAUGCAUAUUUUUGUGAUUCAAAACAACAAAUCGAUGGUGAGAUGGAAUAUUUCCCAGAACAGAUUAUAAAAUUACAGAAACUUAGAACAUUACAAAUAUCUCAUGUUAAUCGUAUGUCUAUUUCUAAUAUCAUUGGGAAGCUAACCUCUUUAAAAGAUUUAACAAUAUCUCAUGUUAAGUAUAUGUCUAUUCCUAAUAUGAUUGGGCAUCUACCCUCUUUAACAUAUUUAUCAAUAUCUCAUGUCAAUCUUAUGUCUAUUUCUAAUAUAAUUGGGAAUCUACUCUCUUUACAACAUUUAUCAAUAUUCAAUACCAAUUUAGAAGAAUUACCAAAAACUAUAUCAAAUCUUAAAUCUUUAAAAAAAUUAAUGUUACAAAACAAUUCAUAUCUUCACUCUAUAAAAGAAAUUGAUGGCCUACCUGUUCUUCAUACCUUAGAUGUACGACAUUGUUCAAUUCAAGAUCUUCCUCGUAAUUUACCAAAAUUAUUGAAUUUAUAUAUGCCUUACAAUAGUCUAACAACUCUUGGUUCUGAUAUUAGAACAUUAAGUAAUAAAGAAAAUAAAGAACAAAAUUUUCAAUUUGAUAACAAUCGUAUUACAUCAAUCACACCAGAAAUUCGACAUCUUCAUACUCUUUCUCGACUCCAUCUUGAUCACAAUCAAUUACAUACCCUUCCCAAAGAUAUUUUCGAUAUGACGAAGUUAACUUAUUUAAAUUUACAAAAUAAUCGUUUUAGUCCACAUCGAAUACACGACUACAGAAACGAAUUCAACAAAAGAAAUUCAAAGUUAAAGGUAUAUUUUGAUUAG